CCCAAUAGCUUUUUUUUCGGGGAAAGCGUCGUUUCGCAACGUCCCAGUCGUUUGAAUCAUGUGAAUCACGUUCCUCCAUUCAAAAACAGGUGUCUCUGUCGGAGCUACCGUACGACCGUGUUCAGAAAAACUGACAACUGAAAAAUCUCUUCGAAACAAACUGAUAGUCCUGGUAUAUGGAACGACACAACGAAGACAUCGAUCAAGAUCGCACGGAUACUUUUAGACAUCGCUGGUUGAUCACCACCAACGUCGUCCCGCUCUAGCUAAAUUAAACUUUAUUCCUUAAAGUUAGUUGGUGUUACAAUCAAUCGAUGGAUCCCGCUUGUACAACCCGGGGUUUGUGACAGUUUUCCCCCCGUUCAUUACACCACAAAGAAGCAGUGCAGCGAAUCAAAUCGAGCAAAGUACAAUCGAAACGAUUUUUGGUCUGUUCCGUUUCGUUCCGGAUAGUGACAUGGACCGUCGCUCUUCUCACAGUAACAGCAACCAGAAAAGAGGAACAUUCGGUUUCUGUUUCAUCGAGUCACUGUUCUUGCUGCUGCUGCUGCUCCUGUUGCUCCGUACCACCAUUGCAGCACAGUGCGCAAUGCCGCUGUCGUUUGUUUGCAACCGCACACACACCGCCGCAAUCAGAACCCUGCGAUCGUUUUCCACCACCGCCGUAAACGCAAACCCCAAAGCCAGAACAAACAAUAUGCCGAAGCGAAAAGCCGGUCCGAAGUUCUACGCCGUCGCUUCCGGUCGGAUCCCAGGAAUUUAUACGACCUGGGCCGAGUGUCAGACCCAGGUCAAGGGAUUUUCCAACGCAAAGUUCAAGAGCUUUGGCACCGUUGAGGAGGCCGAGUCCUUUGUGAAAAAAGAAAACCCGAACGCCGGUGAAAAAACGCAUCGAAAACCUCAGGGAUCCGUUGGUGCUUUGGUGUCAGAGAAGGCGACCUCCGUAAAGAAGCAAAAGCACAACCUCGGCAAGCCCUCGUCGUCCUUUGCCGGAUACGUUGCUCGAAACAUGGAGCGCUCGGAAGUCCGAGCCGAUCCCACCCUCAAGAGAUUCGUCGAAGCCGAGAUCGAUAAGAUUCUUUUCUCGGAGCAGCACACCGACGCCGCCGGUACGGACUGGAGCAUCGUGCCCCUGGUGCCCCUCCCCGCGACCGACCCUCCCGCGACCGAAUUCGAGAAAGGAUCACGAACCGUCGGCUCCAGCUGCAACUCCGACCCCGACAGCGACGGCGACAACCUCGCCCGGACUCCUCCACCCCACAAGCUGUCCUUCCACGUCAUGUUCGACGGUGGAUCUCGCGGGAAUCCCCACGGGCACGCCGGAGCCGGAACCUACGUUGUCACGCGAUCCUAUUCCCGCUCCGGACCACAAAGCGAGGAACCCGACAACGCUGCAGCAAAGGGGGCACGCAAAACACCAAAGACGACGAGACCAAAGGAAAGCCUUGCCGAGGAACGGGCAAACAUCCGGACGUAUCUGGGGAUGGGAGAGCUCACCAACAACCAAGCGGAAUACCAGGGUCUCUUGACCGGGCUGGAAUACGUUUCGGAAGCGCUGAAGCGGGUCGACCGGCUCGCCUCCGUCGAGCUCCUCGUCCAGGGCGAUUCGGACCUGAUCCUCAAGCAGGUCAGGGGCGAGUACGCGUGCAAGAGCCCAAAGCUCAGGCCCUAUCAUUCCCGGGCGGUUGCGCUGAUCGAGGACCUUUCGAGGGACUGCCGAAGACGGCUCGGGUGCGCCCCCGAGAUCGCCCUGGAGCACGUCUACCGCAACCACAACGAGGUCGCGGACGCGCUCGCCAACGACGCCAUGGACGCCCGGAGGAGCUGGACGACCACUACCACGAAGAAGACCGGGGCGACCGCUCCCGGAGAGAAGACGACGAACGACCAAACCGUCGAUGGAAGGGGGCCGGGGAACGACGACGGGGCCAUUGAGGUGUAAACUAUAGAAUGCAUUGCAACAACAAAAAAGAAAGUACUGUACUAGACUGCAACGCAGGAAUGCAAUGCCGUGAUGCGGCCGCAAUGCAACAAGAGUACAACAAGUGUGCGACACGAUGGCAUGGCGCUUCUGUAUUUGUGUUGCGAACACCGAAAAGACGAAUGCCUUUCCACAGUUGGAAGAAAUUGCCUCCGGGACGAUUUUACACGUUUU